GUCUUCCCCGGCAUGCAUUGUCCACCAUUCAUCACUCUAGUCUGGUGCUCGUUCAGGAACCCUGAAUCCUGUUUAUCUGAUUUGCUUCAUUUGUUGUACCCAACCGCCACGGAAUUCCCUGGUAGCUAUUGGUUGCUUUUUGGAAUGAGUCGAUGGUCAUGACAAGGAGGACGUGAGAAGCUCCGUUUCAAAUGGCUGCCAACACAAUUCUGGUAUUACCGGGAUGCAGAUCUUUGUGCAGUUCUGGAAGAGUUUCCGAUGGAAGCACACAACCGAAUUUCACUCAAAGGACAAAAGUAACUUCUGCAAACAUUCUUAAGUUUCAUUCUUCCUUCAAGGGUGAUGUGAUCUCAUUCGGUCUUUCAAAUUUCAAUCGUCAAUCGAUAAGAGACCAUCAAACAUAUGGGAGGAGCUGGAAGGUUUCACAGAUAAAGGCUGUGACCACUGACUUGCCUGUACUGACGUUUCCUACCUUCCUGCCGCCCGAUGUGGAACUCUUACGUGAGCCUGUGGCACGGGAAAUGGCUGCUAGGAUUCAGCAUGUUCCUGUCCAGACCAGCCUUACACCAAAUCCAAUUAUGACCAGCUGUGUGAUUCCCAAGAAAACGACGAGUUCAGUAGCAGUUAUGCUUCUCCACGGUUUUGACAGUUCAUUACUUGAAUGGCGUCAUUCUUAUCCCGUAUUAGAAGAUGCAGGAGUGGAGACUUGGGCAAUGGACAUUCUCGGCUGGGGUUUCUCAAAUGCCGAGGGGGUUAAGUCUUACAAUGUUGCAGCUAAACGGGAGCAUAUGUAUGAGUUUUGGAAAAAUUAUGUCAAGAAGCCCAUGAUACUUGUGGGUCCUAGUUUAGGAGGAGCCGCUGCCAUUGAUUUCGCUGUUACACAUCCUGAAGCUGUUGCAAAGCUGGUGCUCGUUGAUGCACAAGGCUACACUGAGGGCGUGGGGGAAAUGGCAACUCUGCCAAAGCUUCUUGCAUACAUGGGGGUGGCGUUUUUAAAAAGUGUACCUUUGCGACUUUAUGCUAAUACACUGAUAUUUACAAAAGCCUCCUUUGAUUUUUUGCUUGAUUCGAUGAGAGUAGGGAGAUUGCAUUGCUUAAUGCCUGGGUGGGCGGAUGCAACUGUAAGUUUCAUGAUGAGUGGAGGCUAUAACGUCACUGCGUCCAUACCUCAGGUUCAACAAGAGACUCUUAUUAUAUGGGGAGAGAGGGACACAAUUGUGCCCAAAACUUUUGCUGAAAAAUUUGUUGCUGAUCUACCCAAGGCAAGUCUGAAGUUUAUCAAAGACUGUGGCCAUAUCCCUCAUGUUGAAAAGCCUAAAGAGUUCUCUUCAAUUUUGAAGGAAUUUUAUCUUCAGGGGCAAAACUUGGAAGGGGAAGAGGGUUUACAAACAGGACAGUCAAUAGUUUAAUAAACGUGUCCAAUUUGCUCACAGAUCUCUUGGAGGACAAACGCCAUGAUCUUCUGGUGGCUCCUUUCACAUAAUGUCAUACUGAAUGUACUUCAAUAACAUUGUCUGAUUCAUUCUGGACCAUUUACAAAACAUUAUUGGCUUCCCCUACAUAUGGGCAAUUACAGCUCAUAUCCAUAUUGAAGAUAA